AGACUCUAUCGUGAUGCUAAGUAGACAAAGUCCAUACGAGUGAUUCUCAACAAUGGCAACAGGUUUGCAAUCGGACGCCCUCCCCGUCACAUCUGUCACGGCAGACAGGGGUGCUUCAUGCCGUGAAGAUCCACGCGGCGAAGUGUACAGGACGACUGGCAAGAUGCAGGGCUUCUGCCUCAUCAUUGUCAUGGAGAAAUUCAACUGGGUACUGGGCUUCAAGACAGCACAUCAGGAAUCGAGAGAACGAAAGUUCAAGGACAAGGCCGACUGUAUCAAAAAGACUUUCACAAAAAUUGGUUUCCAGUGCGAGGUCCUCAAGAACCAGGAUUACGAUAAAAUUAUCCACACACUGAAGACGUACCAGGCGAAACCAGAACUGGCUGACUCCAAUUGUUUCGUCUGCUGGCUUCUGACGGGGCGCACAGAGGAUAAGAACGGGAAACACCUGUACGCUUUGAAUAAGAUAAUAACAUUGAAAGACAUCACGCGACCAUUUCUUGGAGAUGCUUGCCCAGCCCUUUGUGGAAAACCGAAGUUGUUCUUCGUUGAUACUGACUUCCUGGCUGCACAUGAAGACAAAACGCUUGCUGAUAAUCGUGGGACUAAUCGGGACCCCUACAGGAUUCCUGAAUCCGCAGAUGUCCUGCUUGGAAUGUAUCUGGCUCCCGCAACAAAUGGCAGCGAUACGAAGUACGCUGAAACGGUAUGCCAGCUGAUGGACUCCUGCUGGACCCGAGAGGAUGACAUCACGUUCCUAUUGGACAAGGUUUGCGAGAAAAUUGCAAGCGAGGGCUGGUCAGUGCCGGUCUAUAUAUCAACGCUGAGAAAGCUGCUCUUCGUUAGAGGGCGUCCUCCAGUCCCCUAACAAGCCUCCGAGGAAAAAGAUACCAUGUGCCCAUAAAUCUACGGCUCAAAUCACCAACUACCAUAACGAAGCCAUUGUCUUAACGCUGAAUAAAGGACGAGCCAACAGAUAAGAAAACAUGGCAGCCAUACAAAGCGAGGCUCCAGCAGCUCUGACGUCACAUUUAGAC